GUCUGAUCAUCCCCGCUCACCAUGCACAGCGUGAUAAGAGGAGCAUGUCGUGAUUUACCAGUGCGAUCGAGAUCUCGCAUGGCCCGGCUCCGUUUCCGAGUGGGCCUGCCGAAUCAACAGCAUAGGCCAUAUAAUGUAACUUCCUCGCUGUCGUCUGAAACGAGCUCUGCGUCCAGUAACCUGCCGAUAUACAGACCCCGUGAGGAUGGGCUUGAACCUCAUCAUGGCCAUCGUCCCCCGCUCACACAUGAGAUCGCGCAGCUGUCUGCAACGCUCGAAGGCCAGUCAGUGUCUCUCGGCGGAUGGAUCUUUUCCCAGAGACGAGCCUCAGCUAGUCUCCACUUCUUCACGCUUCGUGACACCUCAGCAUCCGUCCAGCUAGUCUGCAAGGAUUCUGAGAUCUCUCAGAAGCUCAUGGACUUUCCUCUCGAAUCUGUGGUAUCGAUUCAAGGGAUAGUCCGGGCAAGGAAGCAGAAGGCAAAGGCUGGGCCAUCGAGUGCGACCCUCAGUACAGCCGAUGAAGUCGAAGUCGAGGUCACCGGCUGUAUCUUGCUGAAUGCUGCGGAUCCAUUGCCAUUCUACGCUAGCAGACAGGAGAUGGCGAGCGAGGAAAUCAGAGCGGAGCAUCGAUAUCUUGACCUCAGGCGUUCGGAGCUCGCUGCGAACCUGAAACUCCGUAGCAAAGUCGCCCACAUCAUAAGGUGUCACCUACAUGAUCAGAAAUUCGAUGAAGUGGAGACACCGGUCUUGUUGAACUCUUCGCCAGAAGGCGCGCGCGAGUUUGUAGUCCCGACGCGGACCCUUAAACCCUCUCAAAUCCCCAAUGAUACUUCGCUUCAGCCCACCUUUUACGCCCUUCAGCAAUCACCACAGCAGCCCAAACAGCUCUUGAUCGCAUCCGGAGCCACGUCGAGAUAUUUUCAAAUCGCGAGGUGUUUCAGGGACGAGGACGGGAGAAAGGAUCGUCAACCUGAAUUCACCCAGGUCGAUCUGGAGAUGGGCUUCGUAGAGGGCACGGGGGAGCAAGGUGAGAGCUGGGAGUGCUCGGAGUUCCGGACCUUGCUUAUUCGUGAACGCCUAGGGAACGAGCUAGAUACUUGGAGCAUGGGGGGUCAGCAAGUCAAGCAGGUCGUUGAGGGCCUCAUCCGGAAGAUCUGGAAGGAGAUCAAAGGUAUCGAGCUGGGAGAAUUUAGGUGUAUGCCAUAUCAGGUGGCCAUGGAUGUGUACGGAUCCGACAAGCCUGAUACACGUUUUGAAAUGUUUACCCUGCCUUUGGGCUACUAUCCCGAUCUCUCGGACGCGGACCUCGACAAGGUCUUACUGGACCAAAGCCAGUACACUGUGGAAUGGAUGAUCACUCGAUCAGAGCAUGCGAAGUAUUUGAAUAUGGAUGACCUCCGAAAUGACCAUGUCCAAGCUAUUCACAUCCGAGAGGAUAACGUCAAGUCGUGGCACACCGAGUCCCCAUUUACCCAGAAGCUGGGCCUCACCAUGACGGGUGAUGGGGCCGUGACUGGCGGUGGGGUCCAGCCGGGAGAUAUCAUCUGGUUGGCUCAGCGAAAGAAGGUUGCAGAGGGCGGAUGGACCCAACUUGGCAGACUGAGGGUUCAGAUGCUGGACGAGCUCGUCCGUCAGGGCGCUUUAAAACUCUCUGACCAGCCCAAUUUCCUCUGGAUCACCCAGUUCCCAUUGUUCACACGGGCAGAUGAGGACAAGGCGUUCCUCUCUAAAGGCCGAUGGGCUAGUACCCAUCAUCCAUUCACCGCGCCGAUGUUUGAGGAUCUGGAGGACUUGAAAGGAGGUAAUGUGGAAAAGGUCCGAGGUCAGCACUACGAUCUCGUGCUUGACGGUCAAGAGAUUGGCGGCGGCUCAGUGAGAAUCCACGAUGCCAAUUUGCAAGAGUACGUCAUGCGAGAUGUCCUCAAGCUGGAGCAAGAUGAGAUUGCGAGAUUCUCGCACCUACUCCAGGCCCUGCGAUUCGGAGCUCCUCCUCACGGCGGGAUGGCCCUUGGACUUGACCGUCUCGUAGCUAUACUGUGUGGCGCCAAGUCUAUCCGGGAAGUCAUCGCGUUCCCCAAGACUCAGGCUGGGUCAGAUCCAGUCUUCAAAUCUCCUUCCGUAGUGGCGGCUGACGUCUUGAGGGAUUAUGGCCUUGAGUCAAGAAAGAGGUCAUAAGGAGUGUGCAGGAAGGUCUCCAAGCAGGCAAACAGGACAUAGAGCAUCAUCUUCAUCUUGACAUCCCCUACAGCAUUCCAAGCAUCUACAUGCAUUUCUUCUUCAAGU